AUGUCAGCAUCUGUUGAAUCCACGGUGCUAUCACGCUCAGGUGUAUUUCAUCGACUUAGUAAUCUUUUAACUGAUGUAUCAAGUGUCAAUUCAUCUGAAUUACAAUAUCCAUAUUUUUCUGAUCAAACACAAAUAACAAAUAAUGAAAUAAUUCAUAUUGAUACUCCAUUUGCACAUCUAUCAUAUCGGCAAGAUUUAUCACUAAUUGAACAUAUACAUAUUCGUUGUCGUCCAGCAUCUUCAUUUGAUGCAUCUAUUCAUACAAGUUUAUGUGAAGUUGUACUUGGUAUAUUUCCUGAUACAAGUUCAUCUAUUGAACAACCUGUUAUUGUACGUGGUGUUAUCGAACGACGACAUCGUCGUAUUAAAGUAGGUGAUUGGCUUUUAGCAAUCAAUGGUAAUCGUAUAAAUUGGUUAAAUCUUAAUGAUAUAUUAUCAAAAUAUUGUUCUACACGUAAAGUACGUCUAACAGUUCGUCAUCCAGAUAAUUAUAAUUCGAAACUUUCAUCUUCUUUACAAUUACCAAUAAUUCUACCAUCAAUAGAAGAAAAAAAACUUACUUUACCAGAACAAAUUGAUUGUAUUCAUUCCGUACUUUAUUAUGAAAAACGAUUAAAUCAAGGUUUUAAAUUAUUAUAUCAACAACCAUCACAAAAAGAUUUAUUUUUUGCUGCUGGUGGGGUUUUUCCUACAUUAACACAAGUUAUGCAUGAUAUGAAUGAACAUGAUAGUUUACUUCGAAGUAUAUCGAUCAAACUUGCCGAACAAAACAUUCCUGUGUGUAUAACAAGUGAUGAUAAUAUACAUUAUUUGAUUAUUAUUUAUCCACCUAUUGAAAAUUUACAUAUAUGUUUACUUGAACAACAUACAGAACAUAUGAUUCGUUUAAUAAAUUUUUUAUUUGGUUCAAUUUAUCGUGGAUUAUUUUAUUAUAAAGAAUCAAUUGAAUAUUUUUUUGAUAUAUUUUUCUAUCGUCUUCAUCAUUUAUUAUCACCGAUAAAUUCUUUUUCAAUAUUUAAAAAUCUUCGUCUUAUUGAUGAAUUUUUACCUGCACAAUUUCAUAAUUUUGGUACAUGUCCAAAAUUAAUUCUUAAUAAUCAACAAUUAUUAAUAAAUAUUGAUUGUUUAUUAAAUCAAUUAGAAUGUCAAAGUAUAAAUCAAUGUUCAAAUGAAUAUGAUUCGAUUAUAAAUCGUUAUCGGCGAAUAUUUUUUUUAAAUGGCACAAUUUUAUUCCAUCGUACUCAUUUAUUAAUAAGUCAUUUAUCAAAUGAAUUAACAAAUGAUAUUUAUCAUUUUCUUCUUCAUUAUGGACAUUUAAAUAUGACACAAUUCUAUUGUGAGACAUGGCAAUUAUUAUUAUUUAAAGAAAUCUUUCCAAUAGGUUAUGAAUCAAAAUAUCGUUCAUUUUUAAUUGUUUGUUCUCAAGGUGAAUUGACAUUAGCUGUUAUUAUUGAAAGUGAAUACGAAAAAAAUGAUCUAAAUAUAUCACCUGAUCAUGAAAUUAUACAACAGAUUAAAUUAACAUUGAAUGAUAUAUUUACGAUUUUUCCAAAAAUAUUACCGAGUUCAUCACCAUGGAUUCUUUCAUCACCUUCAGCAUUUCUUAAAAAACAAUUAAAACGAACGAUUUCGUUACCAUUAAUAGGAGGAUUCAAUCAAUCAAAUAAAUCGACUACAGCUGAAACAAAUAUUGAUGAUACUAUGUCGAUAGCAUCUUCUCAUCAUCAUGAACCAUCUUUAAAUGAUCUGCGAGCAACACAAUUAGUUAGUCAACCUGAAUCUCAAGAUGAACUAUAUAAAAGUAGUCGUCAAUCAUUUAAAUCUUCAACUUUAUCUCUUGAUGAACAACAAAAUAAGAAUCUUCAAACAAAUUUAUCGGCAUAUCGAUUACAUCCAGGUAAUUAUUCGACAAUAUUUUAUUAUUUGGAUUUUCAAUCGAUUCGUGGUUUACUUAUUGCACCUUAUUUUACACUUGAUAAAAUAAAACAAACAACUUUAAUUGAUCGACUUUUAUUUGAAACAAUACAACAAACAUGUAUCUAUAUACGACAAAAACAUUUUUCAAAACAAAAAGAAUUAAAAUCAAAAAAUUUAUUUAGUAGAAAAUUACGUCCAAAAUAUUUCGAAAUUGGUUGUCAAUUUUCUUUACAAACUGACACCGAUACUAAGAAAAAAAAAAGAUACAAAUUUAUUUCAUUUUUGGAUUGUCGGUAA